AAUUUCAUAGUCACGAAGGUGUAAAAAUUGUCCUACGAGAAUAAAAUUGGGCAAAUAUUGGGAUACAGAAGCAAUGAUCGUUACAGAGCAAGAGAGAAAACCGCCAGCCUUUGACAAGAGGGAGACAUGAUUUUGAAGAAGAUUUUAGAGCAGGCUGCACUGAAAGGGGUGGCAGAAGCAAGCGCAAAGAUAUUUGGUAAUGUUUGGAAUCCCACAGGUCAGAGAUCACCCCAUAAAGUCCUUAAGAAGAGGCUCAUCGGCGAGGAAAUAGCUCGAUGGUAUCCGCAUGAUUUUAAAAGGGAUGACCCCGUUUGGGUUGCCAGAUUAGAAAGAGAGCGUCUGGAAAAGCUAGAAAUGAGGAAGCGACGAGGAAAAGGACCACCAAAGAAGGGCCAUGGAAAACGAGCUUCAAAACGGAAGUAGAUCAAGUGUGUUGAGUUUUGCUGUAACUGAACGUUAAAUCAUCAGUGCAGUUUUUUUGUGUAUUGGUGUCUUAACUGUCUGCAUGUAUGCAUGAAAUUUAUUGGUCUGUAUGACUAGUUUGACUAAUUAAUUAAAAUUUCAGCUUUUCAUUCUGCAUA